CGUUGAUAUUUUUAAUGACCAUGCGUCGUCCGGUUAAUCCCUGCCGGAUAGUAGCAUCAAUCCAUCAUUACUGUACGAUGGCGACCCCAUCCCCCCCGCCGCCGCUGCCGAUGUCGUCGCCAAAGUCUCGGUUUGAAGACUCGCUGACGUUGGAAGGUCUGCGGGAAAAGAUCGAGCACUUUGCCGACGAUCGAGACUGGCACAAGUUCCACACACCACGCAACUUGUUGUUGGCAAUGACAGGGGAAGUGGGCGAAGUAUGUGAGUGCUUUCAGUGGCGCGGCGACGACGGACAAGACGUCGAUGGUGCGUAGACCUGCUGCUGGGAGUUGGAAAUCCGUACAAGGGGAGUACAUGUGUAUGACGUAGGGUGGAGCGCCGAAGACAAGGAGCAUCUGGGCGAAGAAUUGAGCGAUGUCCUCAUCUACCUCGUUCGGUUGGCAGAUCGGUGCAACAUCGACUUGGCCACGGCGGCUCUGCGCAAGAUGGACAAGAACGCCAUCAAGUACCCCGCUAACCUCGUACGCGUUUCGUUUACCAUCAAAGGGGUUAACCUACUCCAAAUAUCACCAUAUAGGCUAAAGGCAGCUCGCAAAAGUAUACUGCUUACGAAUAGGACCAGGAUCCGAACAAGAGUUCAUACCCCAUGAAGUUCUCUGUAGUAAAUGAUCAAUUGAUACUAGUACUACUAUUAAUUAUAUACUAUUAACAGAACAG